AUGGGCGGAGGAGGAGGAGGAGCACUGGGAGCACCCCCAAAGCAAGAAGAAUUAGUGCCGCAUCCGGUGAAAGAUCAACUCCCCGGAGUCUCUUACUGCAUUACAAGCCCACCUCCAUGGCCCGAGGCUAUAUUGCUUGGGUUCCAACACUAUCUGGUGAUGCUGGGCACAACUGUUCUCAUACCUUCUUUCUUGGUUCCUCAAAUGGGAGGAGGAAAAGAGGAGAAGGCAGUAAUGAUCCAGACACUACAAUUUGUUGCUGGACUGAAUACUUUAACUCAGACGUUGUUCGGGACCCGUUUGCCGGCUGUGAUCGGAGGUUCUUACACUUACUUGCCGGCGACUAUAUCGAUUGUAUUGGCUGCUCGAUAUAGUGAUGUUGUUGAACCUCAAGUGAAAUUCAGGAGGAUUAUGAGAGGAAUUCAGGGGGCUAUGAUUGUAGCUUCUUCUCUUCAGAUUGUCAUCGGCUUUAGUGGGCUAUGGCGAAAUGUGACAAGGUUUAUGAGCCCCCUUUCGACAGUUCCAUUGGUAGCUCUCACGGGAUUCGGUUUGUACGAACUGGGUUUUCCUCUGCUUACCAAAUGCAUCGAGGUGGGACUGCCUCAGCUUAUCUUACUCGUAAUCUUUUCACAGUAUUUACCACAUGUGAUGAAAGGUGGUCGGAAUGUGUUUGACCGGUUUUCGGUUCUGUUCACGGUCAUCAUUGUUUGGAUAUACGCUCACUUGCUGACAGUUGGCGGAGCUUAUAAGAAUACGCCACACGCAACCCAACUUAGCUGCAGAACUGACCGUGCAGGCAUCAUAAGUGGGGCUCCUUGGAUUAGAGUGCCCUAUCCGUUUCAAUGGGGUCCCCCGACUUUCCAUGCUGGAGAAUCAUUUGCCAUGAUGGCCACUUCUUUUGUCGCUCUCGUUGAGUCCACUGGGGCUUUCAUUGCUGUGUCGAGGUACGCGAGUGCAACUCCUGUGCCGCAUUCUGUUCUUAGUCGUGGUGUUGGCUGGCAGGGAGUCGGCAUCUUGUUAUCUGGAAUUUUUGGUACCGGCAGUGGAUCAUCAGUUUCCAUAGAAAAUGGUGGUUUGCUUGGGUUAACGCGCGUCGGGAGUCGAAGAGUGAUACAAAUAUCGGCUGGUUUUAUGAUAUUCUUUUCUAUACUUGGAAAAUUUGGUGCCGUCUUUGCUUCAAUCCCUGCACCCAUAGUUGCCGCGCUUUAUUGCAUUCUCUUUGCCUAUGUUGGUAUGGGAGGUCUUGCUUUCCUGCAAUUCUGCAACCUGAAUAGCUUCAGGACAAAGUUCAUUCUUGCCUUUUCAAUCUUCAUGGGCUUAUCCAUACCGCAGUACUUCAACGAAUACCAAUCAGUUAAAGGUUUCGGCCCAGUACACACCAAUGCAAGAUGGUUUAAUGACAUGAUCAACGUAGCUUUCUCGUCUGAGGCGUUUGUUGGAGGGCUUUUGGCGUUGAUUUUGGACGUGACAUUGCCUCCAAAGGACAACACGAGUCGGAAAGACAGAGGGUUGCAUUGGUGGGAGAAGUUCCGGUCAUUUAAGACGGAUACGAGGAGCGAAGAGUUCUAUUCUUUGCCUCUUAAUCUCAACAAGUUUUUCCCCUCAGUUUAA